AUGGCGCUUCGUCAAUUCAAGGCGCCGGUAGCGUAUGAAGCGCAGCAGACCGCCUUGGAAUCCUUCCUUCAGGAGUUCAAGGCAUCCCCUGAGCAAACGAUCGCGCAUGCCCUCGGCAACAUCACGAUAGACGAAAACGACUUCAGCGAUGACGACUUGAUGGACGAUGAUGAGACGCGCGAGACCCGCCGCCAAACAAAGAGUGCGCCUGGCCCUAAAUACAAGGUUAUGCUGCAGCAAUUGGCAGAUCGUAAGAUUGACGAGGUUCUGAUUGACCUGGACGACUUGGCAGCUGUGGGAGACCCCGAUUUCUCGCUGAGAUGCAAUUGUGGACUGACAGAAUUCCAGUUCGAAUCACAACUCGGCGACGAGCUCCAAUUGGUUCAUUCGAUAGAAAUCAACACCAAGCACUACGUUGAACUAAUGUCGAGGGCGGUUGACAAACUGAUGCCUAAGCCUAGUUCUGAUGUUAACUUCAAAGAUGAUGUCCUGGACGUUCUCAUGGAGCGAAGACAACGGAAAAACGAGGCUGUGCAGCGAGCUGCUACGGAGCCGGUUGAUGGCCAGCUUCCCGACCCAACCCUGGCUGAGGACAAGUUCCCUGCUGAGCUCACGCGCCGAUAUACUCUCGCCUUCAAGCCUCGAUCUGAAAUUGCAUCCGACCCAACUAAGGCGCUUGCGGUGCGUCAAGUCAAGGGCGAGCACCUUGGCCACCUGAUUACUAUUCGCGCCAUCGCCACUCGAGUGUCAGAUGUGAAGCCUAUCGUACAAGUCAGCGCAUACACUUGCGACCGAUGCGGUUGCGAAAUCUUCCAGCCAGUUAACGACAAGUCCUACGGCCCCUUGACUGUAUGCCCAUCCAAGGACUGUGAGCAGAACCAAGCCAAGGGUCAGCUCCACCCUUCUUCAAGAGCCUCAAAGUUCCUUCCCUUUCAAGAGGUCAAGGUUCAGGAGCUCGCUGAACAGGUUCCUAUCGGUCAAAUCCCCCGUACUCUGACCGUGCUGUGCUACGGUACCUCAGUGCGGAAGGUCAAUCCUGGCGACGUUGUCGACAUUUCGGGUAUCUUCCUGCCGACUCCCUACACAGGCUUCAAGGCUAUGAAGGCUGGUCUUCUUACGGAUACCUAUGUGGAAGCCCACCACAUCGUCCAGCACAAGAAAGCUUAUUCUGAGAUGAUCGUCGACCCCAAGCUGGCCCGCCGUAUCGACCAGUACAGACAAUCAGGCCAAGUCUAUGAGCUUCUCGCUAAGUCUAUCGCUCCUGAAAUCUACGGCCACCUCGACGUUAAAAAGGCUUUGCUUCUGCUCCUCAUCGGAGGCGUUACAAAGGAAGUCGGCGACGGUAUGAAGAUUCGUGGUGACAUCAACAUUUGCCUCAUGGGUGACCCUGGUGUGGCCAAGUCUCAGUUGCUUAAAUACAUCUCCAAGGUUGCUCCUCGUGGCGUCUAUACCUCUGGUCGCGGUUCCAGUGGUGUUGGUCUCACCGCUGCUGUCAUGCGCGACCCUGUCACUGACGAGAUGGUCUUGGAAGGCGGUGCUCUCGUUCUCGCUGAUAACGGCAUCUGCUGCAUUGAUGAGUUUGACAAGAUGGACGACAAUGAUCGCACUGCCAUUCACGAAGUUAUGGAACAGCAGACCAUCUCUAUUUCCAAGGCCGGUAUCUCUACUACCCUCAACGCGCGCACCUCCAUCCUUGCCGCUGCCAAUCCUAUCUACGGCCGCUAUAACCCUCGCAUCUCUCCCGUUGAGAACAUCAACCUCCCCGCCGCUCUCCUCUCCCGUUUCGAUAUUCUCUUCCUUCUCCUUGACACCCCAACCCGCGAGUCUGAUGCCCAGCUCGCUAAGCACGUCGCCUACGUUCACAUGCACCAACGUCACCCGGAUAUCGGCAACGAUUCUGUCGUAUUCUCCCCGCACGAGGUCCGCUCCUAUGUCGCCCAAGCGCGUACUUAUCGUCCCGUUGUUCCCGAGUCUGCUUCUGAGUACAUGAUCAAGACAUACGUCCGCAUGCGCGACCAGCAACGUCGCGCUGAGAAGAAGGGCCAGCAGUUCACCCACACCACCCCGCGUACCCUCCUCGGUGUCGUCCGUCUCGCCCAGGCCCUUGCCCGCUUGCGCUUCAGCAACGAAGUCUCUCACGACGAUGUUGAUGAGGCUCUCCGUCUCGUCGAGGCUUCCAAGGAGAGUCUUGCUGCCGAACAGAGUGGCUCGGGACGUUCGCGCCUUAAUGCCAGCAGCAGAAUUUACAACCUCGUCAAGACCCUUGCCGACAGUGGUGCCUGCCGUGCUGACGAUGCGGAGGAUGAUGAGGAGCUCGGUGUUGAGCUGUCCCUGCGCAAGGUCAAGGAGCGUGUCAUCGCCAAGGGCUUUACUGAGGAUCAGUGGCUUGCUGCCUUGGAGGAGUACAACGAGCUCGAUGUUUGGCAAACGGCCGGCAACGGUACGAGGCUGGUUUUCAUUACGUCCAACGCGGAAAGAGAGGAAUAG